UUCAUUUUGUCCCAAAACAAACUGACUGACACAAUCUGACAGCUCUCUCGCCGAUACGUUUAUCGUAAUCUGUACAAAACACUGUCAAUCGCUUCAAAAAUGGCAGCCGGUCCAAUAGCAGAACGUAAUCAAGAUGCUACAAUUUAUGUUGGGGGCUUGGAUGACAAAGUUACGGAAUCUCUUCUAUGGGAACUUUUCGUACAAGCCGGUCCAGUUGUAAAUGUUCACAUGCCAAAAGAUCGAGUAACGCAAAUGCACCAAGGAUAUGGUUUUGUCGAAUUUCUUAGCGAAGAUGACGCUGACUACGGCAUAAAGAUUAUGAAUAUGAUUAAAUUGUAUGGAAAACCGAUUCGUGUAAACAAAGCAUCAGCGCAUCAAAAGAAUUUGGAUGUUGGAGCAAACAUAUUUAUUGGCAAUUUAGAUCCCGAAGUGGAUGAAAAACUUCUCUACGACACAUUCUCAGCAUUUGGAGUUAUUUUACAAACACCAAAAAUUAUGCGCGAUCCAGAAACGGGUAAUUCGAAAGGAUUCGCUUUCAUCAAUUUUGCUAGUUUUGAGGCAUCUGACGCGGCAAUGGAUGCGAUGAAUGGACAGUAUUUAUGUAAUCGACCGAUUACCGUAUCGUAUGCAUUUAAAAAGGACUCAAAGGGCGAAAGACAUGGUUCAGCUGCCGAGCGUCUAUUAGCCGCACAAAAUCCAUUAUCACACGCUGAUAGACCUCAUCAGUUGUUUGCUGAUGCCCCAAUUCCUUCGAUGCCGUUUGCACCACCCCCUGCCCCAUUACCAGCAACACAGUUUGUAAACGUUAUUCCGCCACCACCAUUACCACCCAGACCGAUCAUGCCGACUCAUCAACCACCUUUACCCGGAGCACCGGCAGCCCGAUUGCCACCUUUGCCUCCGUGGCAAAAUUUUCCACCACCUCCAGGUGCUUUUGGUCCACGAUCAGCAUUUCCACCUCCACCGAUGCCGCCAAGACCUCCGGCGCCGGCCUUUGCCGAAGGAUUUCCUCCCCCUCCAUUUUGAACUCAUCGCGAUCAUCAAUACUACUUUUUUGUAAUUGAUAUCAAAUUUCAAAUGGAAAAAUAAAAAAAAUAAAAAUAAAAAUAAAAAAUCUAAUCGAUCGAA